AUGGCCAAGACUGCUAUGAUGAACGAUUGGGAUGAGUCGGUUUGUAAGAAGGAGGACUUGCCGACCGCCAUUGUGAUCAAAAACGUGCCGCCCGCGUUGUUCGACAGCCCUGAAAUGAAGGACAACUUCUCGGACAUGUUCACCCAGAUCGAUAGUAAUGUCCGGAUAGACUACUUGAAGGGGUUCCGACGAGUACGACUUUCCUUUACUAGGCCAGAGCAUGCGACGGCCGCCAAACUUCUAGUAGAACAUCACGAAUUCGCAGGAGUUCAGAUGAAGCCGUUCUUCAUCCAGGUAUGUUUAUGUCUCAGGUCUUUAGAGUAAAAAUGGCACACGUACAUUUGUUUCGUAUCUUAUAAAAGACAACUUUUAGCUAAAAUGAUAUUCAUUUACACAAACCUAAGCUUUUUAUGUACCAAAUGCGAUUUCCAGAACAUAACGAUGACGCGAAGAGCGUACCAAGACGAAGAAGGUCAUCUAACGUUACCUCCCCUAGAGAAACAAUUCCUCAUAUCUCCCCCUUCGUCACCCCCAGUUGGUAAGUCAUUAAUUUAAUGUAAAUUUCCACUUUAGGGUUAACGGCUCAGUACUCACAAGUUAUAUUUAUCUUCACUUUAGGGUGGGUACAAUCGACGGAAAUGGCUCCAGUCAUCUGUGACUUCGAUUUGAUGGCCAAAUUGGCCGCUUACACAGUAGAAGAAGAUUACGAGGUACACGGCGGAGACCCCAGCCAUCCCACCAUAGUGGUAACCCCAGUCAAGAUGGGCAUGGACGAGGAGAAACCGCUGAGAUGUCCUCCCACGCCCCUGCCCCACACUCCCCGCCCUCCAGUGGAGUGA